AUGUCUCAGUUUGGGCUGAGCUCGACCAACUCCCACUGGAGCUACAGCUCGACCGGGCCCUACUCGCCGUAUCUGACGUCCUGCACCACUCCGACGGCCUCCCAGUUCAACAACCACGCGCUCGGUUUCACCUGCAACUCGGGCGAACAGAACACUGGCCAGGAGUUCUCCGUUUCGGCUCGCGACUGCGUUGCCAUGCUCCCGGAUUCGACGGCGGCUGACCUGGACCAACACCUGAGCAGCCUGGUCGGGGCGACGCAGCAGGCCACCAACCACAUGGUGCAGAGCAACAUCAUGGGCAAUAGUGUCAGUGUCAACUCCAGCAACGGUAACAGUGGCGGAGGCGGCGGCGGCGGCGGCCCUGGCGGUAACAAUGUCAACGGGCUGACGCCCCACAUCCCGACGCAACUCUCCAACGGCUUGAUCGUACCGCGGUACGCGCAGACCGCCAGCACCAACACCCAGCACCCGGACGCGUACGGCCUGACCAGCAGCCAGAGCGGCCCCCGGAGCCUGAGUGACUCGUCGCAGGCCGAAUCCCCCGUCCAGGACGAUAUCCUCUCGUCCAACACGCCCAACCUCGGUGGCGGCGGAGGUGGCGGCGGCGGCGGCGGCAGUGGCGGCAGUGGUCCAUCCUCCACCACCGCCGGCGGCUCGGCAGGCGGAGGAGGUAACGGCGGUGGCACAGGAGGCGGAGGCGGUGGUGGAGGCGAUGGUGGAGGAGGGGGUGGAGGAGGUGGCGGGGGAGGAAGUGGACGAGGGGGUGGCGGAGGAGCCGGAGGAGUUGGAAGCGGAGGGGGCCACAAUCAGAACUUCUCCAGCAUCGUGAUGAACCAGGGCGGCGGCUCGAACGGGGGCGGCGGCGGCGGUGGCGGGGGCGGCUCGAACGGGUGCAACUACGGCGGCGGGUCGAACGGGACCAGCAGCUGCAACGGCUCGUCCCUCUACCCCGUACUGCCCGCCAGCCUGCUCUACUCGCAGCUCUACACGGCGGCCAACCAGUCGGUGGGCGGCUUCGGCCACUCGGUCAACCACCACCACCACCACAUCCAGUCCCCGCACGGGGCGGCCUCUGCGGCAGCCGCCGCCGCGGUCGCCGCCACCGGUAGCCCCGCGCACCACAGCGCGACAGCCGCCGUGGCGGCUACGGCCGCAGCGGCCGCCAUGCACGUCGGCGAGCUGCAGAGCGUGAUGGAUCACCUGACUGCGAGCAGCAACCAGGCGGUGGCGGUGGCGGCAGCAGCCGCCUCACACCGGCACCACCACCACCACCAUCACCACCACCAAACUGGCGGCAACGGCGGUGGCGGCGGCGGCGGCACGAACCUGAUCGGUGGUCACGGUGGCGGAGGAGGAGGCGGCGGCCAACCGGACCUGUCGCUGAUCGGCAACUGUGGGGCGAUGGCACGCGGUGCCCUCGACGAGACCGGCCACCGAGUGCUGGGCGGAGCCGCCGGGGUCGUCGGCCGCGUCGGGAUGCCGCCCGGGGGGCCGGGCCAGAUCGGGCAGACGGCCGACAACGGCAACUCCGUCUGGCGGCCCUACUGA